GGUUAAUGUUUUUUCAAACUAAUUUUAAGUUGAAUUCAUCUACUUCAAUUUGCUGAAUACUUUUUGCAUUUUUAUUUUGAUCAGGAAGUCUUUGCAGAGUUACAUUUUCCUUGAGGAAUGGCCGAAUAACCACUGGUAGACGUGAAACAUCAACACAGAGUUCACGUGUUGCAUGUGACGCAUCGCAUGUUGCAGAUGGCCACAACAUGGCGAAAAUGGGACGCGUCGUCACAGGAGGAGUAACAACCUAACGUCACAAUGACAAGAUGGAAACGGGUCCUCAUUCUAUCUGCAGAUUUAACUGUGAUGGAUUUUCAAGGUGAAGGAACUUACGGUCAAGUCAUCAAGUGUUCGAAUUUACACACAUCAGAGGUGGUGGCAGUAAAGAUCCACAAACAAGACCAGCAAAGCUUUAUGCGUGAAUUGAAGGUACUGGAAGUAGUCCGGGCCCUCGACCCCGACAAAAUGAACAUAGUCCGAUUCAUUGAAUAUUUCCGUUCUGGCUCGCUUCAUUGUAUGGCCUUUGAAAUGCUGGACAGGAGCCUUUGCGACCUGAUGGACGAGAGGAACGGGCUGCCACUCAGCCUCAAUGAAAUUCGUCCAGUGACCCACCAGCUACUGGUCGCUCUUGAGGCUCUGAAUAAUAUCGGUAUUAUGCACAGAGACCUGAAACUCGACAACAUAAUGCUCGUCAAUCACAAGUAUGAGCCGUUUCGGAUCAAAGUGAUUGACUUUGGUUUCGCCCUUCCAAUUUGGCAAGGGAUGGAUCCAGAGAUCAUCCAGAAUCUCUCCGUCAGGGCUCCUGAAGUAAACUUAGGCCUCCCCUUGUCCGAAGCUGUUGAUAUGUGGUCAGUGGGUUGCAUCAUGGCACACCUCUACUUUGGCUACAGCCUCUUUCCUUUUAAAUGUGUAUAUAAUUGGAUGGAAACGAUGCUGUGCCUGCUGGGAUGGCCAUCACAUGAAAUGUUGAUUGCCGGUAAAUACAGCAAUUUUUUUUUCGUUCUUGAAAUGACUGAAGGGUGGAGGCUGAAGUCACCCCAUGAGUUUUUGGAAGAAGCCAAUGUUGAAUGUGUUUAUACGGGCGUUUCUUGCUUUGAUUUGGACUAUGAAGUAGAGAACAGUAAAGUGAUACAGAAUGAGCUUGAGUACAGAGACAGGAUGGCAUUUUUAGACAUCUUAAAAUGUUGUCUACAUCUGGAGGCGCAACAUAGAAUUAAUCCCAGUAAAGCCCUCACACAUCAUUUUGUAACAAUGGUUCACAUGGUGGACGCACUAGAAACAAGCUCAUAUGGAAACAUGGCCCUCAAUCUCAUGAUAGUUUCCCCCCUGGAUAAUUUAGAGGAAUCGGAGUCCCCCAGCACUGAAACGUAUGAUGACGAAGAUUCAGAGAGUUUCUGGGAUUAUCUAAACCAUUCACACACCAAAAUACCCAGCCAUGCCAAAUCAUGUAAAUCUCCACAUGCCUUCUACAGUGGACUUAAAGACACUGCUGAUCUGGCCAUCGAAGAGCUGGGGACUUGUGACAGAGGUUCAGAUGAUUGUGGUCCAACUGAUGGAGCUGUAGGCUCCAUUUCCCCAAACACUGGAGAUGUUACUGCCGUCAGACCUGUCGACGUCAACACUUGCCCUGAAGGAGGCCCUCGAAGGAGCCUCUUUCAAAAGACUAGAAAUGUGUUCCGCAGACUGUGGCAGCAUGUGGUUUCGGGCAAAUAGUAUGCGGACAGCGUUACUGUGAUAAUCGAGAUUAGUUAAAGUGUGCUUGUUGUAAUGAUCUCAUGUAGAGCCUUUUGCGCACGAGGUUCACACACAGAGUGUGUCCGAGGUGCACAUGCAACUAAAACAAUCAUGGUAGUCCAAGCAACUUUGAGAAGAAGACUGCGGAUCAAUCCCUUAGUCAGGAAGAGAAAUGAAUAAAUAAACGAAGAUGCAGCUGCUGAGAGACGUGAGAAAUAAUUCUGUUGUUUCUGUGUGUCACAGAAUCACUCUGCCCGUGGCACUGUAGACUGUGUACAUACAUGUGUACUGCAGUGUGGUUCAUUCUUCUGCCAGUAUGCAACAAAGAAAACUUAACAUCUGGAACAUCUGCAAAGGGCAACUACUGUUGCAUUACCAUUUCUGAAGUUUCACAUGUUACCUCAGGCUUACACGGCAGUAGUGAGACCUGCUAUGAUGUGUGACUUGGAGACGGGAGGCAGAGCUGGAGAUGCUGAGAUUUUCAUUGCGAGUGACCAAGAUUAAUUGAGAUGGUUUGGUCACGAGCAGAGGAGGGAUAGUGAUUAUAUUGGACAAAGGAUGAUGAAGAUGGAGCUGGUGGGCUGGAGUCAAAGGAUGUGUGAAGGUGGACACGAGGACAGUUGUGUAACCUCAAGAUGGAGGCAGAUGAUCCUCUGUGGCGACUCCUACAGUGAGAAGCCAAAAGACGAAGAAAUAAAUCUAAAAGCCAAGUGGAUAAAGAAACUUUCUUUGAGGAUACAAAGGUGGAUGAACCAUCAUGGGAUGUACCACCAACAGAUCCAACAAGUGACUGGAAUCAAGAAAUCCAACCAAUGGCUCGAACAGGCACCCAGUACAAGAUCAACAGAGGCUGGUGUCUCAAUCUCCAUCACAACAGGCAGGAACACCAGGUGCGGGCUGUCUUAAGAUGCCCCUGAAACACUUCAGCAUAUAAAAGUAGGAAGUAAGUCUCUACACCAUAACCAUAACUGGGUGGGUAUGGCCUCUAAGUGCCAAGGUCAGACUGGAAGAUGCCUCCUGAGGUUGGUUGAGAAUCACUGACCUAAGAUCUCAUGGGACUUUCAGAUCCAAGAUGGUGGUGGUCCAACUGGUGAUUUGGGUCUGUUUAGGCCAGGUCUCCUUCAUAAAAUGUCUCAAGGGACUUCUGGGUUUAAUAAAAGUUAAAU